CGAGCUUCAAACACGACUUCUGAAGGCAAUUAACAGCUUGCGCCUUGGACCUAUGGGUUAUUCGUAGCCAUCAUCGGUACUGUGAAUCUAUCCUCUCCAACUCGCUACAGCUCGUGUAAUCAUUACUUUACCUCCAAUGGCGCUGGAGCAGCCUAUUCUACUUGACCUUGUCGAGGCUGCAACAACAGUCUUUCGUCUGUCAUGGGAGCGACAAGUCAAUGCUUGGAUCUACACCCCAAUCGGCGUCAUCAUCAUCCUGCUGUUUUGCUUCGGUGUAAAUUCGGUCAUCUCCAUAAGCCAUGUCUCAUUCCCGGCAUCUGUUGCGUGCAUGAUCCUACUCUUCUUCAUUCUUCUCGGUUGCAGUAUUGUUCUAGGAGACCGAAAAGCAAGGAAACUGGUGGCUCUUGUUGAUAUUCCAGUCUGCAGCCUAGUUCCCGCCUGUGAUGGAUGCAAGCUGAUCGCAUGGCAGGGAGGUUUUGCCCUUCGCUAUAUCAACGUCCUGUUUUGUCCAGCAUUUGUACUCAUUCCUCUUGGACCUACCAUUAGUGGGCGCGAGAUAGGCAAGAUUGUUGCCGUUUAUUUAAUUGGCUACUUGGUGGUCUUCACUUUCACGGCGUACUUGACACGAGGGCUCCAAUUCAUAUUUGGAACCUCGAAGCGUGCUCUAGCCGAAAGAGCCGACGAGUUAGGUGCUCGAAACGAAAACAUUCCACUUUCAGAACCGCAGGUGCCCGGUGAAGACACCGGAGCAAUGCAGUCCAGAAACACGUCUAGUGUGCCGCUCCUUCGGAGUGAUAAUUUUGACGAGAUUCAAGCACCGGAGCGCGCUCAAGACCCGAUGGAAAUCGUUGGGACGGGGGGACCACCAGUCCACGAACAAGCUGACUACAUUUCCCUUGCACCCGUUUCUUCACGCUUAGCAACCACCCGCCAGAGUGGAGCUCCUUUAACACGCGCACAAAGAUGGGCCACUGUGAUCAACACUCGCAUUGAUAUCUUCACGUACCUUACCAUCUUUUUCGUGGUCGGCCUGCCUAUCUAUCUCACAUCGGGGUACGCCAUGCCUGCUCAACUCGCCCUUACUAUCUUGGCAUACUUCCUGGCGCUCGAGCUUCCACCCGUUUGGAGACGUUAUUUGCAUCCCGCGCUCGUGGCGUCGGUGAUCACCAUUGUGGGGAUCUAUAUUCUUACAGCCUGCUACGGUCAAGAAUUCAGGGAGGGUCUACUAGACUAUCGUACGAAGACCAAUUAUCUGAUCCUUUUCAAGGGCACGCCCGGAGCACCUAAACCGGGAGCCGGCGAUUUUCUGAGCAGUGUGUUGGACGUGAGCAUCGUGGCGUUGGCGAUGCCGAUGUACCAACACCGGGCUGAGUUGAAGCGCUCCUUCUUUCCCAUUGUCAUACCGACUAUAAGCAUAGCGAUACUCUCUCUCUUUGGCUACCCGAUCGUCUGCCACGCCAUUGGUAUCUCUCCCAGCCGCGCAUUGUCCUUCCCGUCGCGAAGCCUGACAUUGGCACUCGCAACUCCUGCAACCCAGAACCUUGGUGGAGACCUUAGCCUCGUUGCUGUGUUGUGCAUCCUAAGUGGGAUAAUGGGCGUCAUCAUUGGACAGCAGCUUCUCGAUCUGCUCAGAAUACCUCCGGACGACUACAUCACUCGAGGCGUCACAUUGGGCGGUAAUUCUUCAGCUAUCGCCACUGCCCUGCUCCUCGUCACCGACCCGAGAGCCGCCGCCUUCUCGAGCCUAGCGCUGGGACUUUUUGGCACGGUCACGGUGGCAUUCUCAUCCAUAACUCCCGUCGUAAAAAUCGUGCAACAUCUGGCAGGAAUGCAAACGUGACCCGGCUCUAAGUGAUCUGUGUUUCACAUCACUAAAUGCGUUCGGUACUUUCCAAGGUACUCUGCAUAGGACUCAAACCACAAAGGAUCGAGGUUCUUUUUUUUUUGAAUCCUUUAAUCAGCAUAGACAAUUAAGUCCGCUAAUGUUCCCCGUUUCUGACGACGGGAGUAGAUUCGAAUUCACGACGAACAGAGACAGGAUGGUAUUUUGGACGAGAUGUUAAAUGCUCAAACGAUAGUUUGAUGACUCUAGAAACGUCUAAAACAUGGCAG